AUCAUUUAUAGCUGAUCAUCUUUAAUUUUCUUGAGCUUUUGUACGUGAAUUGAACCUAUCCGAGAUCGAUGGUACUAAUAAAUUGUGAUCAAUUAUAUAUAGUUUGAUCGCGUUUAGAUUCGCUAGCCAGCUCCUUUGUUUCCCAGUAAAUUACUUGGGAGAUUUUGCUGCUAAAAUGGCAGCGGAAGACGAAAAGAAAGAGAAAGAAAAAGACGGAAAGAAAGAGAUCGUCAAAGAAAAAGUGGAGGAAGUGAUCAACGCUGUUUACAGAGUUAACCUACAUUGCCAGCAAUGUGCACGCGAUAUCAAGAAUCCUCUUAUGCGCACACAAGGAGUUCAUGCUGUGGGUGCUGACUUCGAGAAGGGUGAAUUGAAGGUUAAAGGAGCGAUCGACCCAGUUAAAAUGCAGAAACGAAUAGAGAAACUGAGCAAGAAAAAGGUUGUGUUGAUAUCACCCAUAGUGAAGGCCAAGGAAAGUGUUACAAUCGAGAAGAAAGUGAAAGAAACUAAAGAACCAAUUGUUAGCACAACAUCGGUGAAAGUUCACAUGCACUGCGACAAAUGUGGGCAGGACUUGAAGAAGAAGUUGCUCAUGCACAAAGGUAUUCACAGUGUUAAGACUGACAUGAAAGCACAAACUCUGACAGUUGGAGGUACCAUUGAGCCUGAUAAGCUACUAUCCUACUUGAAAAAGAAGGUGAACAAACAUGCAGAAAUUAUAAGCUCAAAACAAGCUGAGAAAAAGGAGGAGAAGAAAGAAAAGGAUGAUCAGAAAGUUGAAGGUAAACCCAAAGAGAAACCCACCGAGAAAGCCGGUGAUGGUAAACCCAGUAGUACUACUGAAUCAACGAAGAUUAUAGAAGUUCAUAAGGAAGAUACAAAGGUUGUGGAGGUUAAAGCUAAGGAGGCCGAUACUCCAUAUUUUAUACAUUAUGUCUAUGCUCCUCAAUUGUUUAGUGAUGAAAAUCCAAAUGCUUGUUCUGUAAUGUAGAUGGAUCAUGAUCAUGAUCAUAUAUAUAUAUAUAUAUAUAUAGUGCUUGAAAGAGUAUAAAUUAUAUAUAUAUCCCGAUUUUAUAUAAUUUAUACUCUCAUGACAUGUAAAGGUGGAAACCCGAAACAGUACCUUCUUACAAAAGAGUUGGCCAAUGAUAUGUAAAAGCAGUAUAGUAGUACUACACUAGCUUGUCACUAAUUUAUUGAGGAUUCUUCCCAAUAUUAAUUUCCGAUGCAAUUAAUGAAA